UGGAGGCGUAGCUCCUCGGAGUAUCAGCAAGUGCAGAACAAGGAACAGACUCAGAUUCAUUUAAGGAGGCGGAGGGUUGCGCACACAAGUUUACCACAGUGGAGUUGAAGUUAUCCUUUAUCCCCAAAAACGAGAAAACACAUCUCUUCUUUUAAAGAGGAUACUUCAGCGGGGGAGCAGGAAUCCAAAACAGGUUCUAUCCCAGUCAUAAGUGGUGUGUGUGUUACCUCCCAGUGGUCUGUGGUCCUCUCCCAGUGCUGAAAAAUGAGUCUGAGCACCAGUGAUCUGGAGGAACUUUGGGAGUCGUUCGGGGACCUCAACUUCUCAGAAGCCUUUAGCAACAUAACCAGUGUGGAUUCAAUGGUGUGUGCCACGGCUUUUAACCGCAACGCUCUGCUCUACUCCAUGUGUGUCCUCUACACUUUUAUCUUCAUUGUCGGUCUUGCUGCUAACGCUCUGGUCCUCUGGGUAAACAUCCGCGCACAAAGAGACUCCACCCCUCGCCAUGAGACACACAUGUACAUCGCCCAUCUGGCAGUCGCAGACCUAUGUGUGUGCGCCACCCUGCCUGUGUGGGUGAGCUCGCUAGCCCAGCACGGCCACUGGCCCUUCGGUGAGGUGGCGUGUAAACUCACACACCUUCUCUUCUCCGUCAACCUCUUCGGCAGCAUCUUCUUCCUUGCCUGCAUGAGCGUUGACCGCUACCUAAGCGUGACACAGCAGGGAGACAACGAGGGAGGGGCGCGCAGGAAGCUAAUCCGCCGUGGAGCUUGUGUAGCGGUGUGGCUUCUGGCUCUGGUUGCCUCCCUGCCAGACACCUACUUCCUGCGUACUGUGAAGUCAGCACAUGGGGACACCAUGCUGUGCAGGCCUGUGUAUCCGGGUGAAAACCCUAGGGAAUGGAUGGUGGGCGUGCAGCUGAGCUUCAUCCUGCUGGGCUUUAUUCUUCCCUUCCCCGUCAUUGCAGUGUUCUACGCCCUGCUCGCCAGAGCUUUUACCCGCUCCUCUUCUUCUUCACCCUCUUCCACAGUGGAGCAGGAGCGUCGUGUAAGCCGCAGGGUGAUCCUGGCAUACAUCGUGGUGUUUCUGGGCUGCUGGGGGCCCUACCAUGGUGUCCUUUUGGUUGAUGCCUUGUCUCAGCUGGGCCUGGUGCGUCUGACCUGUGGCCUGGAGAAUGUGAUCUACGUGGCCUUACACCUCACCCAGUGCCUGUCCUUGCUCCACUGCUGUUUCAACCCCAUCCUCUACAACUUCAUCAACAGAAACUACCGCUAUGACCUCAUGAAGGCCUUCAUCUUUAAAUACUCCACAAGGACAGGCUUGGCACGCCUCAUUGAUGCUUCCAACAUGUCAGAGACUGAGUACUCUGCUGUAGCUGUAGACAACCCACCACAGAUUUGAAAUGUACAAAACUCAAAUAGCAUUUCUGGAACACUGUUUCUAAAUCUUCAUGACUAUAAUGCAAUACAAAUGUAUGUUACAACUAUGUUAUUUGUUCUUAUCAGAAUUUGUCCACACUCAGCAUUCUUUGUACAGACAUCUGCUUGAGUCAUGUAGAAAAGCUUGAAGACAGGCUAAUGCCAACGUUGACGAACCAAUUUAAAAGCACUUAGAAAGCAGUUGUAUUAUAACAGUUGAUGCUGAAAUCAUAUGGAUAUUGUCACUCAUUUGUAAAGCCAAAUCAGUGGCUUUAAGUGUGUAAAAUCAUUGUGUGUAUGUGUGUGUGUGUGUGUGUUGGUGUGUUUGUUGUGCAUAAUCUGACAGGCUUUGGAUAUUGAUAGUGUCAGCAAAGUAAUAUAGUUAAUCUUUUUAUUAUUAAGUUGUAUUUAUAUACUGUAUAUUUGAACGGUUUUGCCUCUUUCAUGUUGUAAAUCAAAGUCUUCACACACUGACAUUGUUCAGUGCUUCACUUCAUACAAUGCUGCUUUUUCAUUUUAGUUGAGCCACUGACUGGCUCAGUGUUUUAGUCCUGCUGUCUCAUUGGUAAUCACAACCUCAUCAGUUGAAUUCUACAGACAAAUUAUUUAAAUACAUUUUGAGUCUGUCCUGCAACUCAGGUUUGUAAAUGAACUAAAAAAAAAAGAGUUUUCUGUGUUGCAUAGUUUGAGGAAUAGUUUUUUUGGACAAUUUGCUACAAGUUAGAUACCACUCUCAUGUCUUUACACUAAAUAUUAAGCUAUAGCCAGCUGCUGAUAAGCUCAGCUUGUGUGGUUCUGUCCGAAGACAAACAAAAACAUAUGUGUACAAGCACCUCCAAAGCACACUUAAUACCACGUUAAAUUUGUUUGUUUACAAAAAACAACUUUUUGGGAGGAGAAUUAUGUGCGACAUUAUAUCUUAGCUGGACACAUAUACUUUCUGUGGUUUAUGCACCUAACUAAGCUAAGAUAAUCCCAUGCUGGCUUUAGCUUCAUAUUUAGCGUACAGUCAUGAGAGUGGCACUGUAUUGACCUCCUCAUCUACUGUAACUCUUUACAAGAAAGCAAAUAAGCAUAUUUUCCAAUAUUCAAACUGUUCCUUUGAAGAAAGCCAAGGUGUUCCAAUAUUUCCAAGCAUUGUCUGGAGGCUUCAACUGGGACCACUGAGCUCAUAGAACAGAAAGAUGUAGCUCCUGUGUAUUCUGAAAUGUACAGUUUUACGUAAUAUACUGUCACUAUAUUAAACAAAUUUUAAUGACCAAAUAACAUGAAUAAAAAGCUUCAUUACUUCCAA